AUGACGCCACCACGAAGAAGAGAUCUUAUGAGAAACACUUGCAUCCAGGGAAGACUGAAUUGUAAUGGAGCACUCAAUCCACCUCCAGUCUGUGAAUCUCCCAUGGUCUAUUUCGACUGUAGAAAGAUCACUGCAGGAACAACUGGAGCAGAAUGUCAAAAAAGUUGCCAGACUCUGGAUAUGCAGUGUUAUAGCACACAAUGUAUAUCUGGCUGUGUGUGCCCAGCUGGACUUGUGUUAGAUGAGAAUGGUGGUUGUAUUCCUGAAGAGGAAUGUCCGUGUAUUCACAAUGAAGCCAUGUAUCAGCCUGGGGAAAAGAUCAACGUUGACUGUAACACCUGUAUAUGCAAAAAUAGGAAGUGGGAGUGCACCAAAGAUCAGUGUCUGGGCACUUGUGCUAUUUAUGGAGAUGGUCAUUAUAAUACUUUUGAUGACAAAAGAUUCAGCUUCAAUGGGAACUGUGAAUACACACUAGUCCAGGACCACUGUGGGAAGAGUGGCACAGCCAAUUGGACCUUCAGGGUUAUCACUGAAAAUAUUCCCUGCGGCAACACUGGGACAACUUGCGCAAAAUCUAUCAAAGUUUUCUUAGAGAGCUAUGAACUGAUACUUGGUGAGGAGCAUGUCAGUGUUGUAAAGAGAGGACAAAAUGAUGAGGUGCCAUAUACAGUCCGCUAUAUGGGUAUGUACUUGGUAAUUGAGACCACAAGCGGACUGAUCCUCAUGUGGGACAAGAAAACCAGCAUCUUCAUCAAGCUCAGCGCUGAUUUUAAGGGCCAGAUCUGCGGCCUCUGUGGAAAUUAUGAUGGCAAUGGCAUCAAUGACUUUACUACAAGGAGUCAGUCUGUGGUAGAGAAUGUCCUAGAGUUUGGAAACAGCUGGAAAGUAUCCUCUACAUGUCCUGAUGCUUCCAGCGUAAAGGACCCAUGUUCUACCAACCCUUAUCGAAAGUCCUGGUCAGAGAAGCAGUGUAGCAUCAUCAACAGCAACGUCUUUGCUGCCUGUCACUCUCAGGUUGAACCAGCAAAAUAUUACCAAGCAUGUGUGACAGAUGCUUGUGCAUGUGACACUGGAGGAGACUGUGAUUGCUUUUGUACAGCAGUAGCUGCCUAUGCUCAAGCAUGCAGUGAAGUUGGUGUCUGCAUAGCCUGGAGAACCCCAUCAAUCUGUCCAAUGUUCUGUGAUUACUACAACCAACAAGGGGAAUGUGAAUGGCACUAUAAGCCUUGUGGAGCCUCCUGUAUGAAGACCUGUAGGAACCCAAGUGGAAAAUGCCUCCAUAACUUGCCAGGAUUAGAAGGCUGCUACCCUAACUGCCCACCAGACAAACCAUAUUUUCAUGAGGAUCAGAUGAAGUGCGUUCGUCUUUGUGACUGUUAUGAUAAUGAAGAUGGAAAGAUAUAUAGACGGGAUGAAUGUCAGUUAUGUGAAUGCACAUCAGAAGGUUUGCAGUGCAAGUUUGAUGAUAAAGCAUGCCAUUGCAUUUAUGAAGGGAAGCGCUAUAAAUAUGGUGAACUCAUCUACACCACCACAGAUGGAACUGGAUGGUGCUUCAGUGCAAUAUGCGACGUCAAUCGAACAAUAGACAGAAAUAUCUUUGAAUGUGGCACCAAUACACAACCCACGUCUACAUUUUCUACAAGUCAGCCCACAACUACUGUUUCAGUUACAACAAGGACAUCACAAGUCUCAACAACAGGUUACCAGACCACGUCAACUCCACCAGAAAUCACCACUGUGGCAACCCAGACUCCAACAUCACCGACUACUAAGUCCACCCUCACCCAG